CGCCCUUGUGUUCUUUUCUCAUUUCCCUCUCCACAUUCCUCAGUUCUGCAUCUCGCACUGGGCACCAUGGAUUCCUCCACCGAGUCUUCUCUAAUCGCAGCGUUAGAGAACUCGGAUUACAGAGGCAUUCAUCGGCGGUUCUCAGAUUACUUAAAACCCUUUGCAGACUUCAUUGUUCUUAACGAAGAUGCAGAUUCGAAGAAGCCGAAGAAGACCCAGAAGAGCAAGAAGAAGACGGAGCCUGAUUGGACUCAAAUCCGUCCUCUCGCAAAGAAGUUUCUCCCCUUCCUCAAUCGCUCACUUUCUCUCUUACCGAAACGCCUCUCGGAGUCACCGAAACCGGGCUGCGGCGAAGAGGAUGAAAGGGCCCAAGAACUGUUCGAUACUUACAAGCUCUGUCUGGAUUGCUUGUCGUGCCUCUCUUCACAAUUGUCGUGUAAACCCUACUCUAUGCAUUGCCAGAGGAUUCGAUUGGUGCACUGCUUUGAGGCUUGGGGGCGGUUUGGAGAAGCUGAAUGUGAAGUGCGUGUCAUUCUUGAGAGCCUCCGAUCAAUUAGUUUGGCCCCUUCUGGUUCUAAACCAGCGAAGGGUAAGAAGAACGAAGAUGGGCUUUUGCCGGAUAUGACGAAGGAAAAUGCUGAUCCUGACCUUGCUUUGUUGCUUGUGGAGGUAGUUGCAACUCUUGUUAAGUGUACUUUCAUGAGUAAGAGCAAAGACGGCGGAGCUUAUCGAAGUGUUCUCAGUUUGUUGGAUCAGCUCGGGCCAUGGUUCAGGGUUCUUGAUGCUAAGGUAUUUGAAAGGUUACACGGCUUGCUUGUGACCAAUCUCAACAAGUGCCUGCUCUUCAUGGUAGGGGAAUCUACAUGUUUUGAUGGGGACUUGUUAAAUUCUUUCUGUAUGAUAACAUUGACCGAGUUCUUGAAAUCAUCUAUGAAGGAUCAAUUUGUAAAGUUUGCCCGCAGGAUUUGUUCAUCUCUAUUCUUACAUCCGGAGAGUGGAGUUCCAGUCAUCAUUGACAUAUUAAGAUGUGCCCUGAUUUCUAUUUCUUGUGAAUGCAAGGUGGCUAUGGUGUGCAGUGUAAAUGAGUUUCUUGAUCUAGCAUGUUAUUGUGCCAACAAAUGUAGAACUGCAAAUAUCAAUACAGACAAAGUUGCAACACUUUUUAAUGAAGUUGCAAGUGAACUCCAUCAUGUAUAUGAUUAUCCACCUGAAUACCAACAGGAUUUGACACCAGUUGAUUUGAUUCUGAAACUCUAUGCUGCCGGAUUGUUCAUUUCAAGCAAUGAUGUUCAUUCAAGGGGUGGUGGAACUUCAAUCACUGAAAGUUCAAAGGAAGAAUUUGCAAUUAGGUUAUUGUUUGGAAAUGAGGACAAUCUACAACACCUGGAUUCUUUGCUUCAUUCAUUAGAAAGCCACUUUUUCCCUGCUAGUAGUGAGAAUGGUAUAUCCUAUAGUGGUGGAGAAAUGGACCCAAGGGGCAUAUCUUGCCUAACCAUGGAUUCUAUGUUUGAUAUCUCUAAAACUUGCAAGCAUAAGCAUGGAGUAGCUUCUUUGCUAUCCUACUUAAAUGCCUUGGAAUUUCUAUGUCAGCCAUUUUCUGAAUUAGUAAAUACAGCAAAGAAACAUAUACUUGCAGAGUCAGAAGUUGUUUUCUGUUCUACUAAAAACAGUUAUAUUCAGGAUGUGUUUCAUCAAUUCUGCAAUGUGUUUUUCAUUUGUUUCAGAUGCACAUCAGAGAAGGAGAGAGACAGGUUUAAUGAUUCUCGCAAAACAUUGCUACAUGUAGCAGUGGCAGCUCUUACAGUCUCCCUUGGAAUGAAGAAAAGUGUCCAGAGGAGUGUUGAUUGCAUUGAUCACAUUAUUUCAAAUGGUUGGGUUCAAUAUCAAGAGCUAAAGUUUCUUGUCGCUGCUCUCUAUAAUGUUGCUGUAAUUUUGUACAGAUCUAAACAAGUAAAGGAGGCUUUAGUGGCUUUGAGGUUAUGCUGUAGAGCUUCUUGGACUUGUGUCUCAUGCCUUUGCCAUAAAUUUAUGGGGAAACAAGAGGGUUCUCAUGACUUAUCAGAAGAUGCAGUUAAAGAUUUUGUGAAUGAGACAUGUGCAAAAAGUGCUUUUCUUCUAGAUGUUCUUUAUCAAUGUGGCAGUCCUGAUGUGGAUGAGAGCAUUGUUGAUAGUCUUCUGAAUUGGUCUAUUGCUGGGAAUUUGCUUAAAGGGUUGAAUGGUCCCAUGUCUUUGGUGAAGCAAUGGGUUAAGAUAAUAUGCAAAGACUAUAAGGGUGUUGAUAUGGAGGAUCAUGUCCCAACCCUUUACUCUUUGCUUUCAAAGUCUUCUCCGACAUGGUCAAAAAGGACAGUUGGUGUCAUUUUAGAACAGGAGCUUUUAGCAUAUGAAGAAAUGAUGGCACAACUUCCAAAUUUAUGCCAGAGAAUGCAACUGGAAAUAAUGAAUACUCUCCUGUUAGAUGUAUACGUUACAAAGGAGAAUUGGUUACAGAAGUCUAGGAUUUUUAUUAGAAAAGGAGGGGCUUUUAGGGCUCAGGGAAUUGAAUACCUGGACAGCUGCAUUCAAUGUUUGUCAGAGGCUAUAUGUAUUCUUAAUGACAUAUCUCGUGAGCCUUCCAGCAGUAGUUGUUCAGUACAUCAUCAAUUAGCUAUUGCAUAUAGCUUGCGUGCAUUGUGUACCCAGGAGACUGAACCCAACUCAAAGCUAAUCUUGCAUGAUAUUCAUCAUGCAGUAAAGUUAUGGUUGGGUAUAAUCACUCAGGACUGUUGGUCUAAUCAUUGUGAGUUUGUAACCGAGAAUUUGAUAACUUUGUUGUAUCGAAUUGCUGAUCUAUUGUUGUUGAAGGGCUCCAUGCAGUUUCAGUGUGACAUCUAUAAGCUGAUCAUCAUACUAUUGAAACGAAAAAAUGUGUCACUAGAGAAGAGCUUUUCCAUGCUAUGGGCUAAUAGGAGGCUUGCCCAUGCCCUUUGCAUAUCACCAGUUGAUGAAGCUUUCAUUGUUGACUUCACAGAGCAAUAUGGUGUUCAUUGUAACUCCAUAGAUUUCUGGAUAAGUUGUUUAAAGGAAUCUAAACCUCUUCUAAUUGGAUUUCAGCAGAAAUUUUCACUUUCUUCUUCCAUUUUUCCACUAAGAAGUCAUCAUCCUAAAAGUUAUUUAGGUAUUGAGCUCACCCUUGAUGAAGUAAAAGAGGUCGUUUCAGAUCUUAUGUCAAGAGUUCCAGUACCCAAACAUUCAGCUUUUCUUGCUGGUUAUCUUUGUUAUGAUUUGGCUGAAAGAUUAAUUUCAAGUGGCCGGCUACUAGAGGCUCUUUCAUAUGCAAGAGAGGCUCGCUCCUUACGUAGUAAACUCUUAAAAGAGAAAUUUAUUUAUUCCAUUGAACAAACCAGAAACUGUAGUGAAAGUGGGGAAGCCACUGAAUGCCAUAAGUAUGGUCAUUUUAAUCUGGCCAUAUUGGGAUCUGUUGCUACUGAAGUUUGGCCAGGCGUAACUAACUCCGAGUCAUGGGAUAUGGAAGACUGUAUUCUUAGUCCAUGGAAUGUGCUUCAAUGUUAUCUAGAGAGCACUUUGCAGGUUGGAGUUAUCUAUGAAGCAAUUGGUAAUGGAGCUGAGGCUGAAGCUCUUUUACUUGGAGGGAAGAGUAUCUCAUGUAUUCAAGGCUUACAACUUUUUAAUAUUGCCUUUUCAUCUACAUUGGGGAAAAUAUACCAUAAUAAGAAACAUUGGGAUCUAGCAGAAAAUGAAUUGAACAUUUGUAAGCAAACAUUGGUGGAUGUAAGUACAACUAUUUCAUGCAAACAGUGCAAGUUGGCCUUGGAAGUUUCAAUUGAUCAACAAAUUGCAGAUUUAACUAGAAGCCGAUUUAGCUGCACCGAACAGAGUUCAUUGAAGAGCUUAACUUUUGCAAUAGACCUGUACAAAUCAUCCCUAGAAAAAAUUAAUCCUUCUGAGUGGGAAAACUCUCUUAGUAUUCCUGUGAAUAUAAGCACUGUUGAAGCCGGGGGAUCAAGAGAAGUGGAAGUCAGGAAGCCUAGAAAGCCUAAGAAUGCAUCAAAACAUACAUCAAAGGAGCAAACUAAAGCUGAUCAUAAUCCAAGGAUAACUCGCUCCAGAAAGCAGUCUUCUGGUAAUGGAGGAUUGGUCAUGCAACAGGAAACAAUGUCAGUUGCUCAUUAUGGAUGUGAAGAAUCAUGCUUUUGUGACAAAGCAAAUUGUUGGACAUGUUUUCUCAUGAAAGUUAUGGAAGAUGGGUCAAUGAAGGAUUUCAUUUCUACAAAAUGGGAGCUUCACAACAGGCGGCUUUCAAUAAGGUUACUCAUUGGAAUUGGAAAAUGCAUAGGAAUACAUGGUGAAAUUCAUAAGGUACAUGAAAUAUUUUGGCAAUGCAUCUCGGCACUGUCCAAUGCAAAGAAAUAUUCUCAUAGUUAUGCUGGUAUUCCACAUACCAUUUUGCUUGAAUUCAUUGAUAUUGGAAGACCAGGUGACAUAUUCGCCAUUGAACGUGCUACAAUUUUGUACAACAUCUGUUGGUUUUCUUUGAAGAACUAUCAAUUAAAGGAUACCAGGGUCACCUGUUGUGAUAUGUCCCAAAUUCAGAUUUCAAGGAUCGUUUCUUGGUUGAUGCAAGCUUUUAUUCUCUGCCGGGAGCUACCAUUGCUUUUUCAGAAGGAUUUGGAAACAAGGAAGGUGAUUGGGACUGCCCGUGAGACAAAUGGAAUCUACCUACUUGGAGGAAGUGCUCAUCAGGAAGAUAGUGAAACUAAGAAAUCCUUUGUUUCUCAGUCUGUUGAUAAGGUAUCUAGGUUGCUUGCUGCAAUAUUUUUACUUUCUACCUCAGGUGGGCUCUUUUAUUUCCCUUUUUGUUCUGGCAAAUCUCUCUCUAGAAGUCAUUGGGCAGCAUAUUUUCAUCAAGCUUCACUUGGUACACAUCUCAACUACCUGUUUUUUUCAAGUAUGAGUGCAAAACUUAAGGGCCAAAACUUUGUAAAUUCUCAGGUUUCAAAUGUUAUUGGAUCAACAUCCACCAUAACUGAGACCUGCAAUUUGCACAGAGUUGCACCAGAAAAAGUUGAGGAUCUUGAAGAAUUUGUUACAGGCUUUUUUGUAAGCCUUCCUACAACUACAGUCAUCUGUAUAAGUUUGCUUGGAGGUGGCUGUGCUAGUCUGCUUAGAGGAAUGCUGAAUUGUCCGUCCUCACUUCCAUGGAUGCUACUAUCACGCUUAAAUUCAAAGAGACGACCUAUUGUCACUCUUUUGCCUUUGAAUUUAGUUCUUCAAGAAUCUUUGGAUGAUGUUGAUGAUGAUGAUGAUGCAAUAUUUAGAAGAGGUUCCAUCUCUGAGGAGAAUGGAUCCAGUAAAAAGUGGUCUUGUCCAUGGGGCUACACAGUGGUGGAUGAUGUAGCUCCACUGUUCAAAUCAAUAUUGGAGGAGAAUUACCUAUCUUCCUCAGUCUCUCCCCUAGAUGAUACACAAAAGAACAGGUUGCUCUGGUGGACACGUAGAAAGAAGCUUGAUUAUCGCCUGGGGAAAUUGUUGAGGGAUAUAGAAGAUUCUUGGUUGGGUCCCUGGAAAUGUUUACUUUUGGGGGAACACUCAGAGUGCAAACACUUGGAGUCGGUGCUUCAGAAGCUGAUGGAUGAUUUAAAACAUAAAAGCGAAGACGAUGCACAUGAGAAUCUUCUGAGAGUUAUUUUUGGAGGUGCUGUAUCUGUCUCUGAAGCAGAUGAAUAUGUUUCUCAGUUACUGCACAAAUGCUACUCAGGCAGCAGUAGAUGUUGUGGAGGGGAAAAGUGUUCUGCCUUUUCCAUCACUUGUGAUGGAAUAGAAAGUUUGUCUAGCAAGGCUCAACAACUGAUUCUUGAAGUUGCCAGUGGGCUAGAGUGCAAAUGUGGCAACAGAGAACCUGUAAUUUUGGUUCUGGAUUCGGAAAUUCAGAUGCUUCCAUGGGAAAAUAUACCAAUACUAAGAAAGCAAGAGGUCUACCGCAUGCCAUCUGUGGGAAGCAUAUUUGCAACACUCAGCAAAAGCUUCCACCCUCAAGAACAAAUCGGGAAGGUUGUGGCUGCUUUUCCCUCAAUAGACCCCCUAGACGCAUUUUAUUUGUUGAAUCCUAGUGGUGACCUCAGCCACACACAAGUUGAGUUUGAGGACUGGUUUAAAAAUCAAAAGCUGAAGGGGAAAGCUGGAACUGCUCCCGCAGCUGAAGAGUUGAUGGUCGCUCUAAAGAACCAUGACCUAUUUAUAUACUUCGGUCAUGGAAGCGGGACACAGUAUAUAUCUGGACAUGAGAUUCAGAAACUGGAAAGAUGUGCUGCUACUGUUCUAAUGGGCUGCAGUAGUGGCUCCCUCUCUCUCAUGGGGUGUUAUACACCACAGGGUGCUCCUCUCUCAUACCUGUUAGCUGGUUCCCCUGCCAUUGUUGCUAAUCUAUGGGAAGUGACCGACAAGGAUAUUGACCGGUUUGGUAGAGCCAUGCUUGCCGCUUGGUUGCAAGAACGAUCUACUUCCUCUAUUGAUUGUGGCCAAUGUAAUUUAGUAUCAAAUGAAUUUGGGUCCCUCAGAAUAAGCAGAACAAUGGAAAAUUCAAAGAAAGGCAGAAGAAAGAAGUUACAAGAAGCUCCAUCUAGUGAUACAUGUAAGGAUUGUUCUGGACAAAGACCUAAGAUUGGAUCAUUCAUGAGUCAAGCCCGAGAGGCUUGCACACUGCCAUUCUUGAUUGGGGCGUCUCCUGUAUGUUAUGGUGUCCCAACAGCUAUUGGGAAAAAGAAGGAUCUGUAAAAAUACAGAGGUAUUUCCUGAGCUUUGUUUGGUAAAGGAUUUGCAUGUCAUUCACCCUUGGCCUUGUACCAAAGGAUAUCAUCGAUAGUCCUGGUUCUUCACAGCAUGUGAUCCUGUAUAGUCCUGGUUCCUGUUACAUCUUGCAGCUCGUGUGUAUAUGUUUUUUUCUUUCAUGACCCUACUUGUUUAUAUUCAUCCACCUAAAUUCCUCAUAAGCCCCUUUACUAUCUUGUCGUCUCCCCUUCAAGGUGCGGUUCCUGGUCACAUAUGGCAUGCCUAUGCAACUGCUAUCUUGUUCGCAAGAGUCUAAAAGGUACCAGAUAAAUGAUUGUUGUACACCUAAUGUCAAUAAAAAGAAACUAAAGAAUUCUUUUAUUUUUUC